CCGGCUGUGCGCGCCUAUUGGCCUCCUCCGUCCUCCCUCCCCCCCCCAUCGCGGAAGGAGCCCCGCGCCAACCAGGCAGGCACCCAAUCAACGGACGGCCCGCCGGCAGCCGUCGGAGCGUGAGGGAGCCGGGAGAAUAGUAACGCCGCACGCGAGCACGCACGAGGAGGAGGAGGAGGAGGAGGACCCAACGACAAAUCAGACGAGGAGGAGGAGCGUGGAGGCGUGGACAGCCUGCGCUGCGCUGCGCCGGCCGGCCGGCCCCCCACCAAGGAGCCCUUGUCCCGGUUCCCUCCUCCCCGAUUCAAAUUUCCUGGCUUCGAUUCGAAGCGGGGCGGCAGAGGAGGCAGGGAUUGGGCUCGGGGGACGCCAUUUGGCGGCAUCCACCACCAGGCCACCACACAGCACAGCUAGGAAGCCAUGGCGAUGGAGGAGGCGGUGUCCGACAACACCAAGGGCCUGGCGCUCGCCGUCGCCUCCAGCGUCUUCAUCGGCGCCAGCUUCAUCCUCAAGAAGAUCGGCCUCCUGCGCGCUGCCAAGUGCGGCGCCCGCGCAGGUGGUGGAGGAUACACUUACCUCUCCGAGCCACUGUGGUGGGCCGGAAUGACCACAAUGCUGCUUGGGGAGGUCGCAAACUUCAUUGCUUACAUAUUUGCACCAGCUGUACUCGUGACUCCACUUGGAGCGUUAAGCAUAAUUGUGAGUUCAGUGUUGGCGCACUUUGUGCUCAAGGAGCGGCUUGAGAAGCUCGGAGUACUUGGAUGUGUAUCGUGCAUAGUAGGCUCAGUUGUUGUUGUUGUGCAUGCUCCCGAAGAGCAUAUGCCUAACUCUGUCAAAGAAAUCUGGAACCUAGCUACCCAACCAGGAUUUCUAGCAUAUGCACUGACAACAUUGUUACUCGUGGGAACACUUGUACUCUUCUUUGAACCUCGAUACGGCCAGACUAACAUCCUGAUAUAUCUGGGUAUCUGCUCUUCAAUGGGAUCACUAACGGUCGUUAGCAUCAAAGCCAUUGGUGUUGCCAUAAAGCUUACGUUGGAUGGAGUGAAUCAGGCUACUUAUCCAUACACAUGGCUUUUUCUUAUGGUUGCAAUUGUCUGUGGGGUUUCUCAAAUAAAUUAUCUCAACAAGGCAUUGGAUACCUUUAAUCUGGCUAUUGUUUCUCCUAUUUAUUAUGUAAUGUUUACUACCCUUACAAUAGUGGCGAGUGGAAUUAUGUUUAAGGACUGGGCUGGUCAAAGUUUCAGUAGUAUUGCUUCUGAAUUAUGUGGCCUCAUAACCAUCCUUUCUGGGACGAUUUUGUUGCACACAGCAGAGGAGGGAGCCAACAAUUCUGCAGCUUUGUUGCCUUGGCCUUUGGACAAAGGGUCUAUAUCAUGGUGUAUCAGCUUAAGCAGCGACAAUCUGCUAAAGAAUGUUGAAGAGGACUACUUCGCAGCUCUGCAAAGUUCACCAGCCCCAGUAUGAUGAUACAUUUUCGUACGCUUCUGCUAUUGAAGAAACUGAUAAACAUAAAAAACCGAACAUGCGAGGUGUAAAUCUAUGUGAGGUGUAAAUCUUAAUAGUGCCAGCAAUCUGGCAGUUUUGGGUGAGGAGAUUUCAUCAGCCAUUUUUCGGGUUGUACAUAGGAGCCUGUAAAUUUGUGAUUGUUUUUGUACUGGGAUAGGAUAGAACUUUUACCAUUGUUUAAAGCAAGCAGAAUUAUUGCCUGCAUGUUGUCGUUUGUGUAAAUGUUUCUCCUUUAACUAAAGCUAAGAAGUUUAGAUUGACUCA